UAUCAUUAUGACAUCUUGCUUAUCGAAAAAAUGUAACUAUUAGCAAUCACAACACAACGAGUGCCUGUGUGUUUAAGCCUCUGUGGGCACGUGCUCGCUCGCAUGACCUCCUUAUAAAAUCGACCUUUUGUGUAAUAAACGACAAACCUUUGUGUUUUUAAUUUCACCUCUACACACCCGCACAAACAGCCGUACAAUAAAACCCACAGCGAUUGUGAUUGCACGUGUAUACGCGUGUAUCAUGCUGACAAGUUGCUGCACUGUUGGUAAAUGUUAAACUGCUGUUACGCGACGAAGUGGCCCGAACGUGUCAUAUCCGUCAGUAUUAACUUAAUGGAUGGGCGUUUUAUUGCAACACAUGUCGAUGGAUGCGCUGCAUAUUUCAUUAUUAUUUGUGCACCUUCUGAAGAAUCGCAUCCAUUGCGGAGACCACACUCUCAGCACGCUGACUGAGCGGGCUGGAUCGUUGGGGUUUGUUCCUGUCGAGAAGUCUCAAUAUCAGUUUUUUGGGGUUUGUUUCCUUUUUCCACCUCUGACGCCUGGCUCUUGCCUACACGAAUAGCUACUGGCGUGAAGUGUGUGCGUAUGUGCGUGUGCGUGUGUGUGUGUGUGUGCACGUGUGUGUGCGUGCGUGUGUGUGUGUGCGUGUGUGUGUGUGUGUGUGUGUUUGUUCGUGUCUGUGUGUGUGUGUCUGUGUGGUGGGGGCGUUCUCGACUGACAUCCUCAAACAAUACGAGAAAGAGGAGUGCACGAAUCCGCGCACCCCAGGCUGGGCUCCUUCAGCGUAAUAGUGAGCGUCAGCCAUUCUUAAAAAACACAUUUUGUAGCUUAGUGGACUGGACUGGACUGGGAAGGGCGAGAGGAGGAUAAACUGAGCGGACAAAGAUGUAAAUAAAAACAGUCGUCCUCCAGCUGAGCGAGGCGUCCUUCGUCAGAGUUUUUUGGAUCAAUCAGGCAGACAGUGGCUUCUUUUGAUUAAACCCCAAAUUGCCAUUGGGCAGAGGUAAUCAUGUGACAGGCAAUUCGGUCCAAUUUCAACCUUGUCUCCACGAAUUGAAUAGUUUAAUAGUAGCUCGGUCCCCAAACGGCCGUAAUCAGUGAAAUAGAAAAAAAAGAAGCCCAGCACGAGAAUUCUUCUUUUUUUUUUAAAUGAUUUUUUCUUCCUCGUCCUCGCUGAGCCGCAACAUUUAUAAAAAUACGCGUGCAAACUUUCCUCGGCUCUCAGGGAGCGGAGAUGAAUUACGAAUUCGAGCGAGAGAGCGGUUUUAUCAAUAGUCAGCCGUCGCUUGCUGAGUGCCUGACAUCUUUCCCCCCUGUCGCUGAUUCAUUUCAAAGUUCAUCAAUCAAGAGCUCGACGCUUUCACGCCCGACACUGAUUCCUCCUCCCUUUGAGCAGACCAUUCCCAGCCUGAACCCGGGCAGCCAUCCGCGGCACGGCCGGCCCAGACACAGCCCCGACGGAUGCAGCCAGCUGCCCACCGCCUCCUUACCCCCGGAGUACCCCUGGAUGCGGGAGAAGAAAGCCGCCAAGAGGAACCACCUGCCAACCUCCACCGCUACCGCCAUCUCCAAUGGACCCGUGUGCUUCUCUCCGAAAGGCUCGCCUGAGAUCGCGGAGAGCGGCGGGGGAGGAGGGGGCUCUCGUCGGCUGAGGACAGCAUACACCAACACUCAGCUGCUGGAGCUGGAGAAGGAGUUCCACUUCAACAAGUAUCUGUGCCGACCGAGGAGGGUGGAGAUAGCGGCACUGCUCGACCUGACCGAGAGGCAGGUCAAAGUCUGGUUCCAGAACCGGCGCAUGAAGCACAAGCGGCAGACCCAGAGCAAGGAGAACCACAACGGGGAGGGGAAAGGGCCGGGCGCCGAGGACGACAUCCACAGCGACGAGGAGGACGAGGCCCCCCUGUACGAGCGGAGCGGGGCCCUGCUGGAGCGAGAUACCUGCUCCUUUCAGAACAACUCCCUCGGCUCCGCGCAGCAGCUCCACAAUGGGGAGACCAUGGGCUUUGCAGCUGCGCCGCUGAACAGCAAUGACAAAAAUCUGAAACAUUUUCCCAACCCGUCACCCACUGUUCCGGGCUGCAUGUCAACAAUGGGCCCCGGCUCGGCAUCUGGCCCGGACAAUGGCGGCAGUCCCCCGGCCCUGGAUGUUUCUAUACACGACUUUCAAGCUUUCUCCUCGGAUUCCUGCCUGCAGCUCUCGGACGCGGCCUCGCCGAGCUUGUCAGAGUCUCUGGACAGCCCCGUGGACAUUUCGACGGACAGCUUUUAUUUUUUCUCGGAGUCCCUAACUACAAUCGACCUACAACAUCUGAACUAUUGAAAGUGAAACCAAUCACAUUCACUUUUUUCCUUCUUCCUCCUCGGGACAAUACAUAUCAGGCUGCGAUGGUAUUAACUCUGAUGUUGUUUGUAUAUUCGGCACAUUUAUUCUGUUGAUAUUUGACUUGACGAUUAAUUCAAGGUAAGGAUGAAAUUGAAUCACUUGAAGUAGCUCUGCUCCAGCGUGACUUGUAAUUACCAUUACAGAAUUUUCUCUCAGAAUGGAAAUUACGAGUCUGUGUGUGAAUAAUUAUACAAUAUUAGGCCUAUGGAACCUGGUCGUUUUUAUUUUUGUAUAGCUUCCAACGUCUUGGAUAUUUUUGUUAGAAUACAAUUAACUUGCUACAA